AUGGAUGGCCGAGACUUCUACUGUUCCACGAGUAUCGCCUUUCAGAGCUACCGAGAGCGAGAGACAGAUGAUGUUGGGUUUCAGGUACAGCCAUCAAAGGUUGGACGUUCAAUCGAGUUUGACAUCAUCUUCCACCGAAAUCAACCUGAAGGCAAAGUGGUUUGGUUUUGA